UGCUGGUUGGGACAUGAAGACAAACGUAGGCAUGAUUAAGUGCUGAGAACGAAGUGGAAACGGCUGGGGAAAGAAAACAUUUCUGGUAGGAUAAGUUUAAGUUAACGUUCAGACAUAAGCCUAUCAGUUUCACCACUGAGUGGAUCUGCUCAGGGUGUGUGUGGGGCGAAUAUCUUCAUAAAAUGCCCUGGAGAUUUCUCUGCAAGGUCUUUUGAGAAGAGGACUUGAAGGAAUCGGAUUUCUUCUAGACCUCAAGAAGGAGUGAUGAAACCGAUGGGGGAAAAAUCAUUCCGAUCUUCGGGAAUUCAAAGUAGAUUCUAAUGAGAUCUGCCCUCCUCCCGCUUCUGCUUGCCGAACAGCACUAAGCAGGAGUCCCCAAGCUGCUCCAACACUCCCUGCGAUUCGCUGUCCCGGACUUUCUCCUGCCUCACCCCGGAUCCGGUGUUCAACUCGCGGAGCUGUCCUUUGCCAGUCAUUCGUUGAGGCUGACUCCCCAAGCGGCAGGCAGCAUCCCUCCGCCCUCACACCCAUCCUGGGCUGCGGCGUUGGGAGUGGGUAAAGGUCUCACUAACUCGCGGGAAACUUUCUCGUGGGAGAUGACUGGGGUUUUCCGGCUUCCCCAGCCCUUCCACGCUGGGCCACAGGGCGUUCAAUAAAGUGGUGCCGCAACUAUUGCAGUUUCUGAGCUGCAGAGAUCGGCGCAGCCAGCAGCAACGCAAACCCUGCAAGGAACUGCGCCCUUUACCGCCAAAGGCACCCCGGACGCGGCGCCGGGGCUGCUGGCGGGGCACGGCAGGUGCAGGGCGACUUAGCGCCACGAUGCUUUGUUUUCUUGCCGCAGGAACCCGAGGCGGUCUCUUUCCACCAGACUUAACCCGCCCGCAGCAAUAGCCAUGGAAGUUGUGGCGACGCAGGAGAGGGAACCGCUUGGCGCGGCAUCUUUUUUGGAUGUUUCUUCUCUACCCAGAUCACUUCAUUCCUCCUUCUUGGGCCUUCUAGCAGAGGGAAGCCAAGUGUGGAGAUGGAGUUCCAGAGAAGGUGGCUCUGAAGCACUUGGGGAACCUACACCUGCCUAAAGGUUGGAGGAAUCAGAAUAGUGCCAUCAGAUUGGUACCAAUUUUGCCUGAAUGAGGUCUGCAGAAAAUUCCCUGGCAGCUUAUAGGUGGCCGUUCCUGCAGCAGCACCCCCGGUGUGCCAGCCCAAGGGCGCCACUAACGGGCAUUACACAGCCCCCCGCCUCUCCAUCUCCUCCCGAGCCACGGUGGUAGCCAGAAUGGAAGGUGCCUCCCAGGGGGGCCUGCAGACUGUCAUGAAGUGGAAAACGGUGGUUGCCAUCUUCGUGGUCGUGGUGGUCUACCUCGUCACGGGCGGUCUCGUCUUCCGGGCAUUGGAGCAGCCCUUUGAGAGCAGCCAAAAGAACACCAUUGCCUUGGAGAAGGCAGAAUUCCUGCGGGAUCAUAUCUGUGUGAGCCCACAGGAGCUGGAGACGCUGAUCCAGCAUGCCCUUGACGCUGACAACGCAGGAGUAAGCCCAAUAGGCAACUCUUCCAACAACAGCAGUCACUGGGACCUUGGAAGUGCCUUUUUCUUUGCUGGAACCGUCAUCACCACCAUAGGGUAUGGGAAUAUUGCUCCAAGCACAGAAGGAGGCAAAAUCUUUUGUAUUUUAUAUGCCAUCUUUGGAAUUCCACUCUUUGGUUUCUUAUUGGCUGGAAUUGGAGACCAACUUGGAACCAUCUUUGGGAAAAGCAUUGCAAGAGUGGAGAAGGUCUUUCGAAAAAAGCAAGUGAGUCAGACCAAGAUCCGGGUCAUCUCAACCAUCCUGUUCAUCUUGGCCGGUUGUGUUGUGUUUGUGACCAUCCCUGCCGUCAUUUUCAAGUACAUCGAGGGCUGGACAGCCCUGGAAUCCAUUUACUUUGUGGUGGUCACUCUCACCACGGUGGGCUUUGGUGAUUUUGUGGCAGGGGGAAACGCUGGCAUCAAUUACCGGGAGUGGUAUAAGCCCUUAGUGUGGUUUUGGAUCCUUGUUGGCCUUGCCUACUUUGCAGCUGUCCUCAGUAUGAUCGGAGAUUGGCUACGGGUUCUAUCCAAAAAGACAAAGGAAGAGGUGGGUGAGAUCAAGGCCCACGCGGCCGAGUGGAAGGCCAACGUGACGGCCGAGUUUCGGGAGACGCGGCGGCGGCUGAGCGUGGAGAUCCACGACAAGCUGCAGCGGGCGGCCACCAUCCGCAGCAUGGAGCGCCGGCGCCUGGGCCUGGACCAGAGGGCCCACUCGCUCGACAUGCUCUCCCCGGAGAAGCGCUCCGUCUUCGCCGCGCUGGACGCCGGCCGCUUCAAGGCCUCGUCCCAGGAGAGCAUCAACAACCGGCCCAACAACCUGCGCCUGCAGGGGUCCGAGCAGCUGAACAAACACGGGCAGGGGGCCUCGGAGGACAACAUCAUCAACAAGUUCGGGUCCACCUCCAGGCUCACCAAGAGGAAAAACAAGGACCUCAAAAAGACCUUGCCCGAGGACGUGCAAAAGAUCUACAAGACUUUCCGGAACUACUCCCUGGAUGAGGAGAAGAAAGAGGAGGAGACGGAAAAGGUGUGUAACUCGGAUCACUCGAGCACGGCCAUGUUGACUGACUGCAUCCAGCCGCCGGCCGGGAUGGAGAACGGGGUGGUCCCCACGGACACCAAAGACAGGGAGCUUGAGAACAACGCAUUACUUGAAGACAGAAACUAAGUGGUAAGGACACUGGACUUGACGGAGCGUUGUGGGGGUUUUUUUGUUUUGUUUUGUUUUGUUUUGAAUAUUCACCCUGAGACACGUGCCUUAAACAAGACUUCUUGUUAGUCUGAAAUUACAUAGCAUCGAAGAAUAUAUUUCACUGUGCCAUAAACGACUGAGAAAGCUUGCUCUGCCAAAAGGAAUCAAAGAACAAGGACUUCAGUUGCGAUCAGGACUGCAGGACACCCAGGGAGGCUUCCCUGGCAUAGGAGGUCACAGACACAGGUGUCCAGGGCGAGACCAAGGUGAUGCUGUGCCCCAAUGCCGCACUGCCCCCGCGGUGGCAGGUAGAAAAGGGCAGCUAUUCCUUAGACCAGCCAUCUGAAAGGAACAGGUGUGUCUUUUCCUGGACCUACCGUUAGUGAUACGUGCACACACAGAAGGGGACCGGAUUAGGGGGUGAGCUGGUACUGGCAACUAGGGUAAGAGUGGACAUUUGGGCAUGUUGCUCUGAGUUCCAAUUUUGAUACACACCAUUCAGUGCACAUCUAGGCUUUCUAAGCUCCAAAUGAAUGAAUGUCCUUGGGACCCAAGAGCACCUGGAAUUUGUUGGAAGCAGAUCAGAGCACACAUUAAAAGGUGCAAUUGCUUUCCUCAUUACGAAAGAAAAAAAAAAAUCACAAACACAUCACACUGUGGAUAUUACCUUAACCAAUGACAGAAGCCUGCUGCAUUUUUGUCUUUCUCGCAGGGGCAGGUAGUGCACAUGAACUUGCAAGCAUUGGUGAAAACUCAACCUCAGCCGCUGCAUGGUGACAGGCAAAAAUCAUGCGUUUUCCUCAGUGGGUGCAAUGGUGAAAAUAAACUGGUUUUGAAAUGUUCAUGUUCAUUCUUCUAGGAGCUUCUGUUACAAUUUCUUUUGAUAAGAGGGGGAAAAAAAUACCAAAACUAUUGCCUUGCAUGAUGCCGGUGGCUUGCUGUUCUGUCUAUCGGACCCUGCAUUUUUAUAAACAUAGAUGUCCUGCAUGUCUAAGACAUACCAAGGAGGACCAUGGCAUCAUUCCAUCUCAGGGCUUCUUGUCCCUUUGGGUGUCUUAGGAUAGACGUAGUGACAUGAGGUCUAGUCUUGCUAUCUGCAAACAAAAGGAAAAUUAAUCCCUCAACCAACCCCUGUACUGGACGAUUGAAUUGUUUUCAUUGCUUGCAGCUUAAGUGCCAUUAUUGCCAUUUAAAAAUAUAAUACUUAAAAGAAGUAUUUGAAAGAUUUCACGUUUAUGUUUGGGUGUUCCUUUAUUCUGAAAGCAUCCCUUCUUCUCCUUGCUCAUUGCUUUACCCACACCUGCUAGCCCCCCAAGUUGGAACACCACUGUGAUUGCUUGUUUCUAGGCACACAGUAACCAACACGUGGGGACAAUUAUGAUUGUUCCAUGAGGGCAGAGCACUCAGUGAAGGGCAGUGGGGGAGAGGAAGGUUCUAAGUGGAUUUUUAUCACAAAGGGAACAAUCUGUCCUAGGCCAGCAUCCUGUGUGUGCCUCAGCCUUUUUCAGAGUUGGCUUACCAUCAGACUGGCUCAAACGUGGCUGUUUGAGCCACACACUUAAGCAUUUGGACCUGGAAAUACGAGGAAGCUGCUGGUCAUGGGCCUCCUAGGCUCAGUGCCACCUUUUGAGGAUAUGGCAUAACUGAUACAUAGAGUGGACUUAUCAGAAGAUCACAGGGGUAGCAGAGACUUCCAGAAACCAUCUAAUGCUUUCUGACUUCCAGGGAAAAUGAUGCCCACUACAUCCUUGACCUCUGGUACCAUGGUGGACCUCUUCCUGCCCAGCUCCCCCAAAUGCAGAGCUCUCUCUUGUCUGGAGCACAUGCAGCCCCUCUUGUCCCUCUGGCCCCCGAUUUUAGACUCUAGGUAUAGAUGUGGUGUUGCUUUUGGGAAGGAGUCAAAUAAAAGUCAAGUUUGAUGAGGCCCUUUCUUGUUCGAGGUAGGUCUGGGUUCAUGCCUUCAUGGGGCUGGAGCUGUGCCUCCCUGGGGGCAUCCUGUGUUUGCACAACAACAGACACUUGGGAAACAGUGUAAGUGCGGGUGUGGGUAUUGGUUCUUCAUAUGGGAUUCAUUCCAGCCUGUUUUAAGAAAUUGGUAGAUAGCUGGGGCUUUCUUAUUCUGACAAGUUCAAAGCUUUCCUGUCCAAGGAUCUUGUUCAUUUGGGUUUCCACCCUCUAUUCCUUGGUACCUUCCUUAUAGUGGUGGGUUAAAAUUCUAGACCCUAUCACCAAAUCUGGCCAAGAGGCUUCCCUGUCAUUUUUCUAGUGGCUUCUGUGGGCCAGGCACUAGAUUAGGCACUUUAUGGGUAUGGGCUCACUGAAACCUCACAGCAACACUCUGCUCUGCCGGAAGUGUUUGCAGACCCAUUACACAGAUGAUGACACAGAGGCUCAGGGAAGCUAAGUAACUUACCUAAGAGCACACAGCAAGAAGGUGGUAGAGCUGGUGUUCAAAGUCUAUCUGACCAAAGUCUACUUUUGACUUUGCUAUAGCGUCUGUGUCAUGCACUCUUGUGUGUGUGUGUGUGUGUGUGUGUGUACCCACAUGUGUCUUUUUAGUUUCACGGACACAGAUUACAGAGGUGGGGAGAAGAUCUUGACGACCAAGACGGUACGAGGUCUUUGUAUAAACUUGGCCUAACGUGUUGCCCUUGCAGAUGCUUCCUGGACAGUAUUCUGUAUGUGGCGCCCUUUCUGCAUUGUUAAAUAUGCCCUUUGCAAGCGCGCUUUUGCACUUUACUUGCUUAUCUUGCAGUAACUCGGCCUCCAGCUGGAGCAAAACAAUUCAAAGUUCUAAGCUGCACACUCUACCAAAUGCAAUGGGUGUGGGUGUGUGCAUAGACACUUGCCCAGACCAGUCAAAUCCCAGGAAUGUGGAGGGAUCAAAAAUAGCCUUUGGCUGAGAGUUCUCCGACGAACAGAUGGGGCCAAGGCCCUGACGAGAAACAUCAAGAGUCUUCCUUGUGUGGAGAUCGAUCGCUUAGAUCUGAGGGCAAAGUGUCUGAGCACCUAUAACAUCCUCAGAGCAGAUGCUGAGAGGGCACGAGAGGCUGGACUCCACUGUGUGGGUACCACUAAGAUUUGCGGGGAGGCCAGGGGUUUUGGAAUUGCUUGAAAGUUACCUUUUUUACAUGGGGCCAAAUAGAGUUUGAGAGGAUGAGGUUAAGUGGCUGCAAAUUCCGCACACAUGUGGGCACAGCCCUGUCCAUCCAGCUGCCCGUCCCCCCCGCCUGGAGAAAACAUUCUGAUUUUGCACACAGGGCACAGGGCAGUGUCCUUUGUUUCUCCUGGUAAUCAGACAUGGAAAGUUUUGCUCCACCAUAGAUCUGGAGGUUUAUUGGUGAGAGCCAAGGAACGGUUUGGAGAGACUGCAGCUCAAUGCCCAGCCCUAAUCCAGCAGUGACUCUAAGCCUUUAUCACUUUGGGGGAAGGGCCCUCAUGUGCGCCUAGGCAGGAGGGUCCCUGACCUACAGCUAAGGUGACUCGGGCUGUUUGUCUGUGUUCCCCAGUCCCAGCCUGUGACCUUGGGCCUCUCGGUCCCCUUGCUACAUCACCUGCACAUCGAGGGAGUUGAACACAGAUCAUUGUCAAGGUCCCUUUUAGUUUGGCAGUUCUCUGACCAUUCCCUGGUCUGUGACUUAAUGAAAUGUACUAAGAACACUUCUAGCUGGAUUUAUAAAUACUGAGUAAUGGGCCCCACUUAUUUUAGGCAAAGACGAGAGCUCAGUCUCUUGCCCUUUGGGAUUUGUCUUCUGGGUGAUUGAUGGAGAAACAGAUGUAUUUGGGAGCCUGGUGGCCAAAUUAGGACAGUGUCCUGCAUAGGCUCACUCUGUUCUCCUUGACAGCACACUGUCCCCUGGGGGACUUGGGGCAUGGGGGCUUUUUCUUUUUUUUUGGCAUGGUGUUAAGACUAAAGAAUUUUGAGCUAUUGUUGUUUGCAAUCAAUUAUAGUAAAUAUCCCCUCUGAUUUAUGAACUCAUAUAUUCUAGACAGGUAUUUCUUACUUAGACCCCCACCCACCUAUACACACACACACACACACAUGCACGCACACAUGCACGUGCACACACGCAGAGGAGAUGGCUGCUUGGGUUCUAUGGGAACCGUUCAUGUUGAAAGUCCUAGUUGUACUAGGUGUUGGCACACCACCCCUUGCCUCCCCCUGGGAUCAUAUUUCCUUGCUCAGUCAUCUCUGCUCAUACAUUUGUAUGCUUGGCUUUGAGGGUUAAUGAGAAUGUGGUCAGAAUUUGGAGAGGGUAGAUUUUUAUUCGCUGUAUUAGAUAAGAAUGUAAGACCCUCCAAUGUGUAUGUACUGUGGCUUCUGAACAAUAGGAAAACAGACAUGUAGAGAUUCUCUUUAAAAAAAGUUUAAGGAAAGCCAGUAUUGCAUUUCAUGCCUCUGCUUCCUGCAUCCCACUAAUGUUUCAAAUGGGGGUUAUUCUUUCUCACUGUUAUGAUGCAAUUGUGUGCAAAGACAGUGCUGCGUGAGCAGAGGGAGCUAGCUAGCUCUCCAGGGUAGAGCAUCAGAGCUAAUUAGUAAUGGCCUUAAAAAAUAAAAAUGGCAACUCUCUCAAACAAAGAUGACUUUAAUUUGGCAUUGUGGAUACUGCAAAUUCUGCGUCUGGAAACUCUGGAAGAGCGCGCCGAUUCCACGGCUGUAAAUAAAGUCCCGCCCUAUGUCCUUGCACGAGGAACCAGCUAUGUGGUCCUUCAGCAUCCUGCCCACAGUCCCCAUAAACCUCAGUCCUCCCGUGGUGGUCCCUAAUUCAUGUGACAUCAGUGCAGUGGCAGUGAGGAAAAAUAAGAGGUGCCUCUGAUUUUACUGAAAGUGAUCAUUUCCACAGGUAGCUAAGAGAUGUGGAAUCUUACUGUCCUCAGCUCGUAAGUGAAAAAUCUCAAAAGAGUUCCCUGUGCAUUACCAAGCCCCCUCCCUGUGAGACUCCCGCUCCAUCCAUAUAGCAGUCCUGUGCUGCCAAGGACAACUGGGAAACCUCCCCUUUGCCAUCAGGGCGCUGAGCUUGAAGGGAGAAGGUGCCUAGACGCGAUAUGCAAACCAACCCACGGGCCAGCCUCUGGCUUCUUACCCGUCCCAGAGUCACAGGCAGGGGACCCCUUAACAAUGAUAAACCCACGUGUGGAGUUGUCUUACCUAUUUUUCUCUCUGUAGGAUUUCAUGGUGCUUUAAAAAGAAAAAAAGGCAUUUUACAGAAAAUAAUGCCGGGUUGGGGGGGGAGGAGGGAAUUUCGUAAUGUUCUUAGGAAAAGUACAAAAGCAACUUUGCUUGUAACAUUUCAAUAAGCUGUGCUGCUAUUGUCUUUAUUUGAUGAUGUAAUUUUUUUUUUUCAAUGAUGGAGAAAAUUGCAACAAAGACCUUCUGGAAGAUCCAAUCCAACGUC